GUCAUUACGCGCGCCACAACCAACCACUCUCCAGUGUCAGUGAAGGGAGGGCAGAGACAGAGACUGAUCGAUUAGCCCAGCCCUAGUCCCAAGAGAGACUAAAGCAUCUGAGGAGAAACAACGUGACUGGAAUGGAGUUGGGUCUUCUUCUGUGGAUGGUUUUGACCUUAACGGGAAGCACAUCAGCACAGUCCGACCGGUACAGUAAAGCGGUGGAUUGGUUGAGCAGAUAUGGCUACCUUCCUCCUUCUGACCCACGAACAAGUAAACUGCAGUCCAAAGAUGGGAUAGAGAAAGCUAUUCGCUCCAUGCAGAGAUUCGGCGGAGUCCAGGAAACCGGGAUACUCGAUGAAGAAACGGUCAAACUCAUGUCCAAACCACGAUGCUCCCUCCCUGAUAUUGUUGGAAGUGAGGACAUGCUGAAGAGGAGGAGGAGAAGGAGGAAAAGAUAUGCUCUGUCAGGCCUUAAGUGGGACAAGACAGAGCUCACAUGGAGUGUCCACAGCUACCCAUCGACCUCCGUCUCCCCCCGUAUGCCUAACAGUUUGGUGGACUACAUCCUGACUCACGCCUUCAAAGCCUGGAGCGACGUGGCACCCUUGCAUUUCCGUCAGCUACAGAGUGACAGCACGGGGGCGGCAGCUGGAGGGGACAUCAGAGUGUCUUUUAACCGCUUGCUUCACGACGACGGGUACCCUUUUGAUGGGCAGGGUGGCACCCUGGCCCACGCCUUCUUCCCCGGCAGGGAUGAAGUGGCGGGUGACACACACUUUGACGAUCAUGAGAUCUGGAGCUAUAGAGGUGACAGCAGCACCACAGACUUGUUCACAGUUGCAGUGCAUGAAUUUGGCCAUGCGCUGGGCCUGUCCCAUUCCUCCACUGAUCCGUCCAUCAUGAGGCCGUACUACCAGGGUCCUGUGGGAGAUGUUUCCGGGUUCCAGCUGGCCCUGGACGACAAGCAGGCCAUCCAGCAGCUUUAUGGUGUGAAGGAUGGGGGGCAACCAGGUGGUGUUGAUCCAGACCUCCCACGCCUGCCCAGUCCACCUCCUCCAAGACCAACACAACCGUCUGACCCAUCAUUCCACGAGCGCUGUCAGGGAGGCUUUGACGCAGUGGCAAAUAUCAGGGGAGAGGUUUUCUUUUUUAAAGGUGCACACUUCUGGAGGACUAAGCGAGACGGGUCUUUGGUGUCCCUCAGUCCGGCUCUGAUCAAAAACUUUUGGAUCGGCCUACCCCCGGGAACAAACAAGGUCGAUGCUGUGUAUGAGAGGAGAAGUGACAGCAGCAUCAUCUUCUUUAUUGGACCUCAGUACUGGAUCUUCAAGGACACUGUUGCUAUGUCCGGUUACCCUCGCCCCCUCUCUGAAUGGGGCAUGAGAUCAAGGAGUGGGGCGCUGGUGGAGAAGGUGGAGGCGGCCUUCAUCUGGGCCCACAACGGUAAGACCUAUCUGUUCAGUGGCGGGGAGUUUUGGAGGUUUGACGAGAGCCGUACGAGCGAGCAGGGGAUCAGUCAGCCAGAUGCGGAGUACCCACGUGACAACAGCCUCUGGGUAGGAGUCCCCACCCACAUGGAUGACAUCAUCAGCUGGGGUGAAGGAGAUGCCUACUUCUUCAAGGACAACCAUUACUGGGUGCUGAAGAACGGGGGACUGAACCAAGAAGUCGUCACUCCUAAGUCCAUCGCUGUAGAUUGGCUCAGAUGCCCAGCUCCACCUGCAACCACCACUAAAGCCAAUCCUCAUGACCCAAAGCAGUGCAUCUGCGACUUAAAGGGCUCAUCUUCAUUCUUAAGAGGCAGCUGGCUCUUUGUGAUUUCUGUUGUAUUGGUGAUGGAUGAGUUUAUUAGAAAAUAGACGCCAGAGUUUGGAAUUUGUGCGGCUUCAUGCUGUUUUUGUACUUCCUCUCUUAGUCCACUAAGACUAGAUAAAGAUAAAGACUAAUACAGUCUCUUGCUCUCUCACCAACCCAUUAGCAGGGUUCAAAUUACAUACUAGUGUAAAAAAAAAAGAAGGUCUAUGUUAAAUACUUGCUUUUAACUUUAACAUCAAACCUGUGUUACUGUAAAUACUUAGCUUAUCAGAAGGUGUUGCUGACCCAGAUAAACACUGCAUUUUACACCCUCCCUCCAUCAUGCUAUAGGAUUACACCCAACUUCUCUGUUCUAAAGUGAGUAUUGGAUUACACGCAGCCUGUAUAAGAGGAUGCAUGGAAACUCAACACAGAAAUCCAGCGCGCAGGCUAUUCCUCAUAAUGAGGGCUUACACACCCACCUUAUGUUUAUACAGGCAACACAAACAGACUUAAGUGCAAUAGUCAACCUCUUAUCAGGGCUCAUUUUUUAAAAUUCAGAGUAGAUUUGUGAAUGUGUAUUUAGUGUAUUUACAGUAUAAACAGAGCCAUGCUUUGGUAAAUUAGAAUAAAAGACAGUGUAUUGUGAGGGCGUGUGUUGUGAUAUGAGUUUUAUAUUUUUGUUUUGAUGUUGUAAAACAUUUCAAAACAUGUAAAAUUGUCUUUAAGGAAAUGUUCAUGCUUAACAGUACUACUGUAACAGUUCUACACAAAGCGGCCUUACAAGCAGGACACAAAGGUAGUUCAGUUAAAAGCAAUCAAUGACUGGUAAGAGUUCAAAGCAAGACAAGUUAGCAGUCAACAAGAGGCAAACAAUAAGGCAAGCAAAACCAGGAACAGGGAAGAAAAUGAAGGAACGGGGGAAGCUGGUGGGUGAGAAGAUCAGUUGACUGGGAGUGGUGGGAACACACAGCUACAAGGCAGGUGUCUGAAAUCACAGGAGAUGUUAAAAAAAAGCUAUACACAUUUAAGUUUUUUCAUACUUUACACUGAUUACCAUGAUGUAAGUGAAAUUAUAAAUUUUUCUUAUUUAAUUAUUGAGAUUUGCUGUUAUCCGUCAUUGUUUGAGAGGGAGGUUCAAUAUUUUACAGUUUUCUGGUGCCUUUGAUAUUCAUAAGUAAGAUUUAUUUGUGGUUUUAAGUACCAAAAACAUCAACUCAAUAUAGUUUUACAUCUCCCCUCUCGCACUUCUCUCUGUAGCUCUAGCGAGUUGUUGUGUUUUGAUGUUUUUGUGUUUUUCUCCUUUUUUUCUCUCUCUCUCAUUAAUAUUAGUUAUCUUCUUUCCUGAUUGGCCGACUAUCUGGCGAUUGUAUAGUCGUGACAUCACAACUUGACCGCUUGCCUGAAAGCACAGUUUCAAAACAUGUGUGCGUAUUUCUUUGUGGAUUUAUUUUGACCUGGAUAGAUAGAUAUCACUGUGUACAAUAUGAGAGCUUUAAGAUGUACCUCAGUAGAUCAUCAGAUUUAGGGAGUUUGAUGAUUUUUUUUUUCUCAGGUAAAGCCAGAUGUAGUUGCAUUUAAGGCACAUUCUACUGUCGCUGUAGGUCUGUAUGCAAGAAAUCAACAAAUAGAAACAUUUGUCAGUCACUUAGACUGUUAAGUGAAAAAAUAUUAUUAAAAUGUCAGCGUUUUUAUCAAUA